AUGUCACUCGGACGGUCCCUGUCUCGUUCUCGGCAUAUCUCCGCCAGGUCUGCUUUGGCCCCUCCCUGCGUCCUGACUGAUGGGACACCGAACUGUUCCCCCCCAGAGUCUGGCAUUGGAGAUCCCCUCAGGCCAUCUGAUGUCCAACAUGUGACACAGGCACCCGUCAACAAAGACCUGGAGUUUUGUGUGCAUCCCUUCAGCAUGUCCCUGGUGAUGUUUCUGCUGCCUCUGUGCAUAGCACUCUUGCCAGUAAGGCAGGGUCAGGGAACCCCACUGAGAGGAGAGGAGAAAUGGAAAUCACUAGACAAUCCCAGAAACAGAGACCUGUUUUUCAGAACCCUCCAGGCAUAUUUUUUGAGAAGAGGUCUUGAUCUUGAGAAGUUCCCAAAUACUUUCUACAUAAACAAUGAGAAGCCUUGGCCUUCCUCUUUCCACUCGGAUCCUAUUGCUUCUGCAUUUGCAGAUUAUGAGGAGCAGAAAAAUUCCUUUUCCAAUUACUUGAGAGGCUGA